UCGCGCCCCGCUUCCUUCAUCGAACGUGUGUCGAGCACAGCGCUGCAACUUCGAGCCUAUCGUCAGCCAGUUGGCCAGCAUCCUCCUUUCGCACAGAGCCGGUUCUCCCUGGAGCGUCAUCUGUAUCUCGCAAUCCUCGGAAUCUGAGCGCAUCGCACCCUCCUCAGACAACCUGACUCGGGGAACGAUUUCCUAAUACUCAAUCUUGACAACAGCCAGUCUUCGGGAACCGUGUGAUAAGCGAACGUCAUCAAAAAUGGGCGCAGCGUUGUCCAUUUCGAGCCUUUUCGGCAAGCUCUUCGGCUCCAAGGAAGUGCGCAUCCUGAUGCUGGGGCUCGACGCCGCCGGCAAGACGACCAUCCUGUACAAGCUCAAGCUGAACCAGACCAUGACGACCAUCCCGACCGUCGGUUUCAACGUCGAGACUUUCACCUACAAGAAUAUCAAGUUCAACAUGUGGGACGUUGGCGGACAGGACAAGAUCAGGCCGUUAUGGAGGCAUUACUACAGCGGCACACAGGGUCUCGUCUUUGUUGUUGACUCGUCAGAUCACGCCCGGAUCGACGAGGCAAGGACAGAGCUGCAUCGCAUUCUCAACGACCUCGAAAUGUCCGACUGUCUGCUUCUUGUAUUCGCGAACAAGCAGGACGUUACCGGUGCCAUGGACCCUCAGAGAAUCACCGACAAGCUGGAACUCCACAAGCUCAAGGACAGGCCAUGGUUCGUGCAGCCCGCCAUUGCCAUUGAGGGCGAAGGCUUGACCGAGGGCUUCGGCUGGCUGUCGGAUAACAUCAAAAAAAUGCCCAAAUACGGUGGUAAAUGAGAAGGACGUCCAUAUUACGACGACAAUCUGAGGUAAAACGGACACGGGAAAAGAACAGCAUGUCAGCAGUCUUUGUCCGUUCUUGGUAUUCGACCCCAGAUACGGCCUGAGGCACCGGAAUGACAAGCCUCACCAACUCCUCCGCGUUGCGCAGAUACACAAAGCAGCUGGAACCAGAGGGGCGAAGGGGACAGCUCCUGGUAAUGGGAAUGGAUGGUGAGACGACCCAAAUGCACAUCACUCAACGUCUCUGCCACCUGGCUGGCAUCCUAGAGUUGGGGAGUUCAACGGGGGGGUAUAUCUUAUCAUAAUUCUGUCGUUUGUGGAUUUUCUCUUUUACGUUGCUGUCAUCUGCGGGUUCUGUGCCCGCUUCAGCGCUCUCUCUCUUGUUAACGCCUACCUGUCACGACUCCUUCCCUAUCUCUUAUUUUAAUAUUCGGGACCUGCUUGCCGU